AUGGCAACAUCGACGGCAGAGACUCCAAAGAAAAAAGGUGAUUACAAUGCGUUGGGAAAAGCACUGUACAACGUUGUGUCUUUCUUUGAAGGCUACGACCAGCAGAUAUUGUCUAUGUGUAUGAGGGCUUUUGAAUUAACAUUAGGUUUUUCUCAGUCUCAGUUGUCGACGUUGGCAACCGUUUCUACCAUGUCACGUAUGGGCUGUUGCUUAAUUUGGGGAUUAUUGGCAGACACAAAUGAAUCGAGGUAUAUACUUGGAGCAGGUUUAUUAUUGAUGGGCAUGGCGUCAAUUUGUCUAAGUUCUGCGUCUCACUACAAAGUGUACAUGUACCUGCAGAUUGUCUUCUUGCGUUUCUUGCACGGGUUGGGAUUUGCCUGCGUUUACCCCGUGCAGCAAAAGAUUGUUGCAGAGUCAGAUGAUCCAAAGGAUUCAAAUGCAGUAGAGAAUCGAGGGAAUCAAACAAACAAGAAACCGAAGAGUAGUAGUAAAUUCACCAUCUUUCAGGCACUAAAUUGCAUUGGACGUCUAUUAUGUGCCGUCAUAACUACGAUUAUUGCACGCAAAGUAUUAUUGGGGUAUUAUGGGUGGCGCACUUCUUACGUUGUGUUGGGCUACAUUUGGAUAUUAUUUGCUAUUGGGAUUGUGUUUGGCAUGGUACUCAAAGAGAAUUCCACAGGUGCUAGUUCUACAGUGACUCCAAGCAGUUCAUACUCUGAAACAUCAGGUACAAGUUUUACCAAUAAAGUAUCUGGUGCUUUUUCAGAUGUAUUUAAGUGUAAGACAGCAGGGAUAUGUAUAUUUACAUUAUUCAUAGCUGAAGCACCUAUGUGCGCAUUUAAUUAUAUGACCAUAUAUUUGCAAUAUUUGGGAGUUUCUGACACAAUGGCGGGCGUUGCGAUCGCAGUUACAUUAAUUGGUGGCGCAGCGGGAAGUGGUGCAGGUGGAGAAAUCAUAAAGAAAAUAGCGGAUGAAGCGGGCAAUUAUGUUGAACUGGGUUCUGGAAUCGCAGUGAUGGUCGUUCGACUGGUUGUCUGUCUCUUAUUCUUUUUGGGGAAAGCACCAUGUGGUAAGCUACUUUGGUAUCACUACGUGGAAUUGGCGACGCUGGGUGGGACAUUAGUAACCGUUGGUGGCGUCGAUAGGGCUAUUAUGAAGGACGUCAUUGAUAACAAGAAUCAGGGCACAGCAGCUGCCAUCAUUCGAACAAUAUCAGGCAUUUCAAGUAGUGUAAUUCUCUACCAGGUUUCCGCAUAUUUGACUGAGAGUUUGUUUGGCUACGUACCCUCUAGAGAGUCGUUUGAAACAAUGGCCACGGAUAUUAAAGAGAGAAAUGCCGAGGCCUUGAGGAAAUCGAUGAUGUACAUUAUUUUGGCAGGCACAGUGCUCAACGUUGUUUGUUAUAUUGCAAUGUGUUUUACGUAUAAAGAUGACAGAAAAAGUAAACAGACGCCGAAUAAAAUAUAA